UGUUGUUCACGGGAAAGAGAACUGUCGAGCUCCAUUCACAGAAUCCACUGUAUAAGAUUAUGCAUCAAACUUCAAAGUAAAGCUGAAUACUUGCCAUACAGUUUUCACAAGACGGAUUAUUGUGGACAAACCAAAAGUAACAACACACUAACAUUAUUGCAGUUUUAUUUCAAAAUCAGCCUUAAACGUUUUCAAAAUGUUCUCGUAAGCGGCUGGGGAAUGUGUAAAGUUUCAAAGGACGUUCCAGCGAACUUGAUAAUUUAACACGUUUAGUUGGACUACAUGUACCUGCGAUUCAAGGCAUGGCAAAUCCCGGAAAGAAUGGUUUUUCAAAUAUAACACAAAAUGGGACGUUUCAAAAUACAGGAGUUUCAAAUACAAGCACGACCGAAAAUAUACCCGAUCAGGAAAAUUCCAACGGGAGACCAGUUCUGAGAAGAGAUGCCCAACCUGCUAAUGUUGAUAUUAAUUUCGAUACGUCGGCCCUGUUUGGCGAAAACUCGUUGAGUGAUAUUCUUGGACAUGGAGAAGCCAAAGAAAACUUCGAAGCUCUUCUACAAUCAGGUCAAGGGGAAGAUGGGAGUAAUGUUAAGAAAUUUUUAGAAAGUGCUGGUAUCCCCGCCUCUGCAAUGGAGCCCACUCAACAAGAAGGAGGUAACCCUUUUGGUAUGGGAGGUUCCUUGGGAGGAAUGUCAGGAAUGGGAGGAGGGGGUGGAAUGGGUGCUCUUUUAGGUGGUGGAGGAGGUUCCAUAAUGGGAGGAGGUGGAGGGGGGUAUAUACCUCAAUCAGCAAUGUCUGGUUCUGGACUUGGAGGUGGGUAUUUACCCCCAUCAUCCUUGAUGCAAGGGAAUCAGAGUUUUGCAUCAGGAACUCAAACUAGAGCACCUACAAUUAACGGAAAUGUUGGAGGAUACAGCACUCCAUCAUCUGCUUCCCAAACAAACCAAGAGGAAGAGACAGUCCCCUUAAUAUCACUCCCACAAUUUCAAGGCGGGUAUAUUCCUCCAUCAGAAAUGUCACCAGAUACUCAAACUAGAAUUCCAAAGUCAAUGAUUUCCCAAUAUAAAGAUAGAAAAUUUCCUACAAAUGGAAUUCUACCAGGUAAUAUGAAGAGACCAGGAACUCAAGGUGGACACGUGUCUACAUCAACCUCCCCAUCAAAUACUCAGAGUCAAUCUGAGGCAUCAGGACAAAAUGUGUCAGCGAGUACAAAAGCAAUGGGAAAAGACAAUGGGGGUGUUGGUGCAGCAGGAACAGAUGCUAACACAUUACAUCAGACAAGAAGAACAGACAGUGCUGGUGGGAUACAAGGUUCCUCUGGAGUAGGUGGACAGCCUAGAAUGGGUGGGCUCCCAGGAAUGAGUGGUCAGCCUGGAUUGGGUGGACUUUCUGGAAUGAACAGACAACCUGGAAUGGGUGGACUUUCUGGAAUGAAUGCACAGCCUGGAUUGGGUGGACUUUCUGGAAUGAACAGACAACCUGGAAUGGGUGGACUUUCUGGAAUGGGUGGUGUCCCUAGAAUGGGUGGUCUUCCUGGAGUGAGUGGAAAUACUGCAAUGAGUGGAAUGCCAGGAGGAGGAAUGGGAAUGCAAGGCAGUGGACAAGACUAUGUUCAACAAAUCAUGGAAGAAGAGAGGAACAGAGCAAAUGAGUGUACAGACUCUGUUGGUCAAGGUCUGAAUACGAUGAUAAUCCUAGACAAUUCCGCAAACAUGUAUGGGCAAAGUGUUGAACAAGCAAAGGAGUUCAUAGAAAGGUUUUUGGAAGGACUAGAGGAUAAUGCCAUGGAUUAUGGACUGGAGGAAAAUGUAGCUUUGAUCACGUGUGGUGGCAGUCAGCCAAAGGUUGAACAACACCUCACAAACGAAUACCAGUGUUUAAGGAAUAAAUUGCCACCAAUUCAAGUACAUGGGACCAACAAUCUCUCCAUAGCCCUCUUCUUGGUUAUUGGAGCAAUUGAAAGGGCCUUUGAGAUGAUAAUUGGUAACCACUCUAUUAGGCCACGAAUACUGUUAUUAUCAAAUGGCAAGUUUUCGAGCAGGACCAAUAUGAUGGGUAUGAAGGGAGCAGUGGAUCAAUCCCAGGAGCUUUCACAAAUGGUUGAGUUAAUGCAGUCCAUAUUAAGACAAACGAACAUGAAGCUUUUCUUCGUCCCAGUUGGGGAUGCCAGUGAGGACAUCAAAAGUUUGAUGCAAAAUAUACCAGGUGUGAAAGUAUUGGAUGCAUCUAAUUUGAAAGGUGUGACAAGAACUGUUGUACACCAUUAUAUAACUGGAAAUGUAAAGGAGGAAGCUAGAGGGGGUGCAAUCACUCGAGAAAUUGUGAAGAAUGUAGCCAUGGCCAACUAUUCAGAGCCAGAAGAAUGGGAGAUUGAUGAAGUAAUGGAGCUUCUGAGGGAAGAUCAAGAACAUGAUGCCAGAAGGCAAGACAGGCGGCAUCAGCAAGGACAGAUGGGGAUGGGACGUGGGAUGCUUGGAGGACGGGGUGGUUUCACACCAGAUAUGAUGGGUGCUGGUCUAUCCCCUGGAAUGUCAGGAGGUGGUAUACCAGGAUUAGGUGGCAGUGGUAUGCCAGGAUUAGGUAGAAGUGGAAUGUCUGCAUUAGGUGGAGGCAGGAUGUCAGGAUUGGGUGGAGGCGGGAUACCAGGAUUAGGUGGCAGUGGUAUGCCAGGAUUAGGUGGAAAUGGAAUGUCUGCAUUAGGUGGAGGCAGGAUGCCAGGAUUGGGUGGAGGUGGGAUGCCAGGAUUAGGUGGGUGUGGUAUGCCAGGAUUAGGUGGGGGUGGUAUGCCAGGAUUAGGUGGGGGUAGUAUGCCAGGAUUAGGUGGAGGUGGGAUGCCAGGAUUAGGUGGGGGUGGUAUGCCAGGAUUAGGUGGAGGUGGGAUGCCAGGAUUAGGUGGAGGUGGGAUGCCAGGAAUGAGAGGAGGAGGAGGCCUGCCAAAUAAUACCAACCUCCAGUCUCUGGCAGGGCUAGGAAUAUCUCCAGGAAGUGGUCCAAGGCCUAACUUACCAUUUCCUGGAAGUAAUUCUAAUCCAAGUUAACUUGGACAAAUGGGUGUGCCUGACACUCAUUAACAACUAUUUCAAAAUACUGCUUUUUGAAUUUCUUAUACUUGAAUUUUAAUCACUGGGCAUGUACUUUAUUAGGGCCCUGCUCUGCGGGCGCCCUAUAGUGAUCAGUCUGUAUGUCCAUCUGUCUGUCCGUCCAUCCGUCUGUCCGUCCAAGAUCUCUUGUCCGGAGCAUAUCUUCUCUCUUCUUGGCCCAAUCUGGCUCAUACUUCACCCACAGAGUGUCUUUGGGUAAAGGGUGUGCAGUGACCUUGAACCAUGUUUCUGGGUCUAAGGUCAAGGUCAUAGCAGAAUUAUAUGAAAAAUCCGGGUCCUGAACAUAUCUUCUCUCCUCUUUGUCCAAUGUGACUAAUACUUCACUCACAGAGUGCCACUCACAGAGUGCCACUGGUCAAUGGAUGUGCAGUGACCUUGAACGAAGUUUCUAGGUCAAGGGUCAAGGUCAUAAAUAGCCUCUCUGUUUAAAAUCUUUGUUUGGUGCAUGGUUUCUUUCUCUUAAGUCCAGUCAGCCUCAAACUUUACCAAUUGACUUAAGGUACAGAACAUUUGUGAUUUUCCUUCCAUAUUUUGAUAUAUAUGCAACAGUUUUCAUAGAGGAUAUGCAACAUUUGUGAUUUUUGGGCCGCUUUUUGAUAGAGGGGGGUAUGGAGCACUCGUGAUUUUCAUGCCAUUUUUCAUUAUAACAAGGAUGACAUAGAAGCCCUUUAGACUCAAACAACACAUCCCUUAAUAGUACACAAGUGUUUCUCUUCAAAAUAAACCCUUUUCAGCUACUUUACUUUUUCAUGUUCGUUGCUGAAAGCGGGGCCCUUUGAGAUGGCCACCAUCUCAAUGAUAUCUAGUAUUACUUUAAAUUGAUUCACCAAACAUGUUGGUACAGCCAAUUAGAUAACAUGGAAAUAAGACAAUUAUGUUUUCAAAUAAUAAUUUACAUGUGAAAUCAAACAUUUUAAUUGCUCAUUGAUGUUAUAAUGUUGUUGAAGUGUGGUAUUUUAUCUAAAAUCUAUGUAUAACAUAUUUAUAUAUAUAUAUAUAUUUAAGGACAUACGCUACGUAGUUUGAACUUUAUUGCC